AUGGCAAGAAGGUCCAAUAUAGUUUUGGAGGAGUUGAAAGACAUUUAUGGACUGGAGUGGACAAUCUCUUUGAUAUAUAUCGACACUGAUGAACAAAAGGAGACAUGGUUCCUAAAGCUUAACUCGAACGGUAGAAUCCCUAUUCUCAUUGACAAUACAAGCGAACCGCCUUUCCCCGUCUUCGAAUCAUCAGCGGAGCUACUGUAUCUCCUUGAUAUGGUGGACAAGGAUCAUCACUUCGGCUUCUCCGAUCCCAAAGAACAGUCUCAGUUGAUUCAGUGGCUUAUCAUCUGGCAUGCCUCGGGUCAGCCUAACCAAGGCCAAUUGAAUCACUUUGGAAGAUUUGCUCCAAUACAGAUCCCCUAUGCGGUUGAGAAAUUCAAGACCGAAACACUCCGAGUCUAUAAUGUGCUCGAGCUCUACCUUUCUGGGGCCCUGAACGGCCAACCUCGAGCAUAUCUAGCUGGAAAUGGGCUUGGCAAGUUCAGUGUUGCUGAUGUCAAUGCUUAUCCUUGGAGAAGCGGAAGGAAAAGAAGUACUAUAUCAGUAGAGAAGAUGGCCCAAUAUGCGCACUUGAAGGAAUGGAUAGAACGGAUUGGGUCCAGACUAGCGGUACAGAGGAGGAUGAGCGAUGUAUACAAUGAAGAAGGUCACCCAGAGUUACUUGUUAAUCCUGUUCAUAAAUAG